AUGGAACGCAUGGUCAACCGUAGAUUAGUUCAGUGGAUAGAAAGUCGCAAAUUAUGGAGCUCACAGCAAUACGCAUUCCGGAAGGGCAGAGGCGUAGAUCAAUACCUAGCAGAACUUGAGGCAGCGUUGGAAGACCCAUUGAAGAAAAAACAACACUCAGAACUAGCCCUACUUGACCUCAGCAAAGCUUACGAUACAGCCCAAAAAGCGCCGAUUCUCGAAACGCUUGCAAAGUCCUUCAAAGUCCUUGUAGGUGGAACCUUUUCCGACGAGAAACGGCAACAAAACGGCGUUCCCCAAGGAUCGGUGCUUGCUGUAACCCUCUUUCUUGUAGCCAUGGAAUCAAUUUUCGGAAAGAUCCCCCGUGGUAUUCAAGU